CGACCGUUCCUCGUCCGCCGUGCGUUAAAAACCCAAACAUCACCGACUCACUUCACUCUUUCCUUCCGCUUCCCACUGCCAUUCCAAUCCAAUCUAGCUUUGGAUUGAAGAGAAGCACGCAGCACAAGGGCAAGAUGGUCGCCGGGAAGGUCAAGGCCGCAAUGGGCUUCCAGCGGAGCCCUGCUACACCCAAGGCCGAGACACCCCGCCGCUCCACCUCCUCCCCUGCUUUUCUUAAGCCGCCACCGCCGACGGCACCGAGCCACCCGACGCCCCCUUCCUCCAACGGCAAGAACGUCUUCGUUCGCUCCUUCGGCACCUACUUCCCCCGAUCCUCUUCCCAGGUUCAGCCUCGACCGCCCGAUGUCGCCGAGAUGGUCCGGCUCUUGGAGGAACUCCAAGAGAGGGAGUCCCGCCUCCGCACUCAGCUCGUGGAGCAGAAGCUCCUCCAGGAGACCGUCGCCAUUGUGCCGUUUCUCGAGAAGGAGAUUGCCGCUAGAGGCGAUGAUCUCGCCCGGGCAAACCAGAAGAUAGAACGGUUGGAGGCGGAGAACCAGCUGCUGAGGGAUGAAAUCGAGGCGUUGAGAUCGAAGAUUUGGAGCUGGGAAGAGGUCGACCAGCGGAAGGAGAAAAGGAUCAGGGACCUCGAAAUCGAGUUGGAGGAGGCGAAGAAGAGGGCAUGUGAGAGGGGCAACGGGGGCACGCAGAGGCACUCCGUGCGCACGUUGGACGGCGAUGAGUGCUCCUCGUCGCAGAGGUUCCAUGGCCUAAACGAUUCUUCCAUGAGAUUAACACUUUCACGGAGCUUCAGGAAAGUCUCAAAAUCCGUCGAGCUUGGUUCAAAUCAAGACGAUGCAAAACCGAAUGCAAUAAAUCUGAAAGCGGAAACAGGGGAAGCCGAAGCGGCGCAUCAACCACUCCGAGGCGGCGAAAAAGAAGAAGUUUCGAGACACCGCACUCCUAGGGUUCCAAGACCACCUCCCACGCCUUUAUCAUCCGGCAACUCUUCCACUUCAUCUUCUUCAACCUCGUCGGCUUCCUAUUCUGAGACUGCAUCCAGCGUUAUGAAAAGCAAAGGCCCAAACUCAGAAACCAUACCGCCGAUCCCACCGUUACCAGCACAGAUCGGAUCGCGUCCUCCUCCACCCCCUCCUCCUCCUCCUCCUCCUCCACCGUCCUCGAAGGGGACGAGGACGUCGACAGCCACCGUCAGACGAGUGCCGGAAGUAGUGGAGUUCUACCACUCAUUAAUGAGGAGGGACUCCAAGAAGGAAUCCGUCAGCGGAAUAUCGGAUGCAUCCCCUGCAGCCUCCGCCGCUUCCAAUGCCCGCGACAUGAUCGGCGAAAUCGAGAACCGCUCCUCUCAUCUUCUCGCGAUAAAGAUGGAUGUGGAGACGCAGGGCGAUUUCAUAAGGUUCUUAAUUAAGGCGGUGCAGCAUGCGGCCUUCACCAACAUCGAAGAUGUCGUUGCCUUCGUCAAAUGGCUCGACGACGAGCUCUCCUACCUGGUGGAUGAGAGAGCUGUGUUGAAGCACUUCGAGUGGCCAGAGAAGAAGGCCGAUGCCAUGCGUGAGGCGGCCUUCGGGUAUUGCGACCUAAAGAAGCUGGAGGCCGAGGCCUCGUCAUUCCGUGAUGAUCCUCGCCAGCCAUGCUCGUCCGCUCUUAAGAAGUUGAAGGCGCUACUUGAGAAAUUGGAGCAGGUGGUUUACAAUUUGUCGCGAGCGAGAGAGAGCGCGAUGAAGAGGUACAGGGGCUUCGGCAUUCCUUGGGAGUGGAUGCAGGAGAGUGGAUACGCUGCCAAGAUCAAGUUGGCAUCGGUGAAAUUGGCAAUGAAAUUUAUGCAAAGAGUCUCCUCCGAACUUAAGCUUAUAGCAGGAAGCCCUGAAGAAGAGGAGCUCAUGCUUCAAGGGGUCAGAUUUGCUUUCCGAGUACACCAGUUUGCCGGAGGUUUCGAUGUGGAAACAAUGCGAGCGUUUCAAGAUCUCAAGGACAAAGCAAGCAACCUCAUGCUACAAAACCAGCAUCAAACCGCCAAGCAGCAGCAGCAGUAGCACUGUUGCUGGUCUACAUCUUGCGAGGCAAGCAACCAAGCGUCAUCUACUUCAGUAGUGUAAAGAUGGCAUGUAGCCAUUUGAUUUAAAAAGCUCUCACCAUUUUUAUUCACAUCACCAGAAACAGAACACAACUACUAUAUAAACCAUCAUUCUUGAUUCUUCA